AUGUGGGGGCUCAAGUUUCUUCUGCUGCUGCCCAUGGCAAGCAUUGCUCUAUAUCCUGAGGAGAUACUGGACACCCAGUGGGAGCUAUGGAAGAAGACCUAUGGCAAGCAGUAUAACAACAAGGUGGAUGAAAUCUCUCGGCGUUUAAUUUGGGAAAAAAACUUGAAGCAUAUUUCCAUCCAUAAUCUUGAGGCCUCUCUUGGUGUCCAUACAUAUGAACUGGCCAUGAACCACUUGGGGGACAUGACCAGUGAAGAGGUGGUUCAGAAGAUGACUGGACUCAAAGUACCUCCCUCUCAUUCCCGCAGUAAUGAUAGCCUCUAUAUCCCAGACUGGGAAAGCAGAGCUCCAGACUCCAUUGAUUAUCGAAAGAAAGGAUAUGUUACUCCUGUCAAGAACCAGGGUCAGUGUGGUUCCUGUUGGGCUUUUAGCUCUGUGGGUGCCCUGGAGGGCCAACUCAAGAAGAAAACUGGCAAACUGUUAAAUCUGAGUCCCCAGAACCUGGUGGACUGUGUUUCUGAAAAUGAUGGCUGUGGAGGGGGCUACAUGACCAAUGCCUUCCAGUAUGUGCAGAAGAACCGAGGCAUUGACUCUGAAGAUGCUUACCCAUAUGUGGGACAGGAUGAAAGUUGUAUGUACAACCCAACAGGCAAGGCAGCUAAGUGCAAAGGGUACAGAGAGAUUCCUGAGGGGAAUGAGAAGGCCCUGAAGAGGGCAGUGGCCCGAGUGGGACCCAUCUCUGUGGCCAUUGAUGCAAGCCUGACCUCCUUCCAGUUUUACAGCAAAGGUGUGUACUACGAUGAAAACUGUAAUAGCGAUAACCUAAACCAUGCAGUGUUGGCAGUGGGAUAUGGCGUCCAGAAAGGAAACAAGCACUGGAUCAUUAAAAACAGCUGGGGAGAAAACUGGGGAAACAAAGGCUAUAUCCUCAUGGCUCGGAAUAAGAACAACGCUUGUGGCAUUGCCAACCUGGCCAGCUUCCCCAAGAUGUGACUUCAGCCAGCCAACCUCAUCCUGCUUUCCCGUUCCUUCCACGAUGGUGCGACAUCCUGAUGUACUUUGGAAGGGAGUUGGUGUGCAUUUCUUGAAGCAGAUGUAGCAAUAUAGAGAUUGUCCAUUCAGUUUCUCCAUUUGUGCUUCAAGGGACACCCCUACUACUUUCCUUCUCUCCAUCCAAGGCCUUUAUUUUUCAGUGUGGCCACAGUAGGAAUUUCCCUAGAAAGAUUCUCUUUCAUAGUAUGUAAUUAGCUUUAACCACCUAGAAGACUAAGGUGACCUGACCUCUCAGUCUCCAAGUUCACUUCUUCUAUAUUCUGAAGAUAGAAAUUUCUAUGUUUUCCACCCCAAUUCAUAGAUCCUUGGUACAAGUUUAUGUGAUAAAAGAAAUGUGUUUUCUUUUUCCUUCUUUGCAUUUUUAAAGGAAGCCAAGUAUUUAUCUCUUAUCUCUAAUUUAAUAAAUACCUAUUUAGUAAACAUUCA